UUAUCUUUCUCUCCAGCGCAUGUGGCUUUUGUGUACUCUUGUCCUUUCGACCAGCUGGCUGGCACCGACCUGGCGGAAAGCUUCAAUUCACUAAAACUAAAAAUGUAAGUUUCCUGUGUCUCUUGCGAAACGAAAGACGAGGCGGAGUCUGGCUGGGCAUUCCCGUGACCUUGACUGCGCCGAUGUUGCGAGGGGCAUGUUGCUGGCGGCUUAGUUUGUAUCCGCGUCGGGCACGCGGACUGACAAAGGAGAAAACGAUUCUUUCGCUCCUUGCUAGAGCGAUCGAAAGGAGAGGAUUAUCUUACAAUGAGUAAAGCUGAACCUAGAUGGAAACGACACUGCCAGUUCCUGGCCGCCCUAAAUGAUGACAACACAUCGUUGGCAUGGACUUUGCUCUGUGGCUUUGAAGGACCUCCAGUCGAUCCGGAUGUAAGAAUCAUGACAGGAGGUGAAAGCAAGCCAGCAAUAUGCAUUGCUGUUGAGAAGGAUCUCAUAGAAAUGGCUCGGCUUUUAAUCAUGAGAGGCUGCAGCGUGAACCAGUUUUCACCUACUGGGUUGUCUCCUCUGCACAUAGCAGUCAUGCGCAACAAUAUUGCCUUGGUGCGCCUUCUGCUGAAGAAUGGUGCCAGUGUUUCCUGUGUAGACAGCAAUGGAAGGACGCCACUACACCAUCUGGCUGUCUGCAACUACAGUGGCAGAAGUCUUGAAAUGGCAAGGCUUCUUGUACAGAAAGGCAGCAACAAGAAGCACAGGGAUAGAAGUGGAGCAACACCCCUGGCACUGGCCUGCCGAAGCAACCGCACCUUGGCUCUGUUCCUAUUGUCCCUUGGGGCCAAUGCCAGCACUGCUGACAAUGAGGGAAACACUCCACUACACCAUGCAUGUGCCAGACAUCCAAACGAUGUUGAAUUGGUGGACCGGUUGCUUGCAGCUGGAGCGCCGGUGAAUCGGAAAAAUAACCAUGGUAUGACUGCACUGAGCUUUGCCUUGAUGGCACAUGCAAGUCCCUUAUUGGUGCAAAGCCUCAUGAGCAAAGGAGCAGACUGCAACCUCUUCAUCGAGUGCUGGAGUCAGACAGUUCUUCACCGAGCCACGUGUAUUGCCAGUAACUAUAGAGACUUGGAGCCAGUCAAGACUUUCGUGCGCUACGGAGGCAAUCCAUUCAGUCAAGACGGGUUUGGCACAACAGUUAUGCAGCAAGCGCUGUGCUCAAACAGGCCACUAGCCUUGUGGAUGAUCCGUGCAAAUCCCUAUAUGGGCGCACCUCGCUGGGCUGCGAGGCGGAUGUUGGAUGGUAAAUCCGAACGUCCAGAUCAUAUUGUAGCAAGUAUCAUGUCGGAGCUCUCCAGCAUUCCAACGCUUCAGCAACUGUGCUCUCUGGCAUUUCGGCGCAAGUAUGCCUGCCAUCUUGACUCUCCGAUGUACACAUCAACUCUGCCACCUCGAUUACUACAGUAUCUUCUCUUGUCCGACUUGUGGCCGUCAGCGGUGGAUAGGUGACUUUGGAUGUCUGUAGGCAGAAAGGCAAUCCAUUAGUCUUAAUUUUUCUCUAAAAUCCUAUAUUUAUGGUAAUUUAACAUGACAUUGCAUGUAACCAUGUACAGUCGCUGAUGGAUUUUUCGGACUAAAGAAAUUUGGACUUGGUCGAUAUUUUGGCCUUCAUAAGUGCACCCUCAGGGUUCCCAUAGAGCUAAUGCAUUUUCGUGACCGAUUUUUCAGAUGAAUUUAGGCCCCAAAGUUUGAUUUUCUGGACUAAAUCGCUCAUUCUGAGCCACGCUACCCAAUUUUGGAGGCCGCCAUGUUGGAUUUUCCACUGGCUUGGCUUUCAGUGGCCCACUUUAUAGCCUCCAAUAUUGGGAAGUGCAGGCUAUCAAUAGAGAGCGCACGCGCCAUCCCCUCGUCUUGGAGGCCAUGCCCACUCUUCCUUAGCUGACAAAUCAUCUGUGGCGCGGUACUCUUGCUGUUUCUUGCUCUUUUUUCGGUCUGUACUAUUGUCAUAAUCAUUUAAUGCAGGAUCUUUUUUUUUAUGUUUCGGUGGCACUUGGUGUGUCCACAGAGCAGCUGUGUCUUAAAGACAUCGCACGUCUGUGCAGCUUCACAUUUGUGUGAUAGGCGCCACCUCCUGUGCCUUCACGAGAGUGAAGUGGUGUGAAGUAAGGUGUCUCCUUUUUUUCAAUCUCCGUGGUGAUUCCCACCAAUGGAGAUCACCAACGUGGUGACACUUUUGUCGAUUGUAUACAGAGACGACGUCACUCUUGUGCAAAUCCAAGAAAAUUCGCACCUCCAAGCAUAGUAUGGGGCAGUGCGUUAACGAUCAGAGAUUUUUUAAAGCCCCUCUCAGCCUAAUAAAUGUUAUUUUUUGGGAUGAAUGAGUUUUUCGAAGUGUUCAAUUUUUCGUACUAUUUUUUGGUCCCCGCGAGGUGCAAAAAAUCAGUCGGUGACUGCCGUAAAAACCUCAAUGUAAUAUGAACCCAAAUAUAAUAGCAGGGGUAAUUUCGGGCUAAGGAAAGAAAACAUUUUAUCCACUUUUGUCUGCUUGUAAUUCAUCUCAUGAAUACAUACUUUCAAAUCAUUCUUUAUUGAAGCUGCACUGCUUGCUCUGUCACCCUUAUUUUCUCAAAUGACAUCUUGUUGGGGAGGUCCUCUCAGAGGUCAUCUUCUGUGUUGUCCAGUGUGUUGACAGUCCAUACUUAUUAAAAGCCUGCAAUGACAGUGUCCGAGAAAUAGCAGCCUGUGUUUUGGCAAUCCACUGUCUAUUAGCACGGUCUUCCUGGAAAAACCCAUACUUGAUGAUUAUGCUCGAUUCAGGGCUAUCGGCUUGGUGACCGUCUCUCCUAAUGGUAGCACUGUUGAUCUGGGCUCCUGGACCUUAAUUGAUACUCUGUUUGUUGUUCGAACACGCACUGCAAACAGGGCCUGCAUUAAUUCCUCCGUAUGCACAGGUUUAUUUACAAAUAGAGUAGACGUCCGUUAAUUUGACACUGGCUGAUUCAAUUUUUAAGUUAAUUUGAUCCCGACUGACCUCGAUGUAUUUCUAUACGCCCAAUCUUUUGUUAUUUCUAUCAAAUUUGGUCUGCUGGAUAAUUUGAACUUCAUCAGUUGGCAUGCACGUGCCUGAGCCCUAUGUUUACCACUUUAAUGGCAGCAUGUCUCAGCAGAGCUUCGUGGAGUGAUUGUGUUGAACACACAUACUUUCUCCCAUUGAAAACACCUAUUUCUGCCUGCCCUAGGAAGAUUUUCAAGCAAUAACAGGAGCUCGCAGUGUCUAACUAUGGAAUUUACAAUGAUUCUAACGAGCACCUUUCUUUCCAAAGAAAAUUGAGCUGAAAACUGUGUUCACGGCAUUCGUUUACCUUACCGCAUAGCCCAUCUGUAUUGCGACAAAGCUGACUUUAAAAAUCGUGCUGCAAAGCUGAUCUUGCAAAACCGGUCGGUAUUGUGCAGAACAUAUACAGUCUAUGCUCCUUGCAAUGGAUCCAUGUACAACAGACAUUUGGAUAUAACGGACCAUAUUUCAGCCUUAGUUUGUGCUACCUAUUUUAUUAAUGCAAUGAAGUUCGCUUUGGUGGACCAUGCUACAACGGACUAUCGGCUACAGCGGACAAGAUUAGUGGCAAUUUUGUUCAAAAUCGGGCGUAUGAAAUGUACUCUUCCCUUGUUGACACUGGCUGGCAACUGACUUGCGACGGUCAGCCGACCAUCGCGGCUCAAUAUCGCGCGCGCGAGGGAGAAAGGCGGUGCGGAAACACACAGUCUUCUUUCGAGGAGGGGGGGGUGCAAGGAAAAGGGAGUUCUACUCCAGCGCCUACUGCUUAGGGCGCGGCCGUCGUAUCUUGAAAGCGAUCAGUAAUGUGGACAAAGUGCGCCCACUGCCGUUAGCUUCGUAUGCGCUAUGCUUCCAAUGUUUAGUUCGCGUUGAAGUGAGAGGCAGCAUGAAGGUCAGUUCGCUCGCUGCUGCUGCCGCACUUACAUUGCCUAAUUUGAUGUUGCAAUCGAUGCUUCGCCUUUUGGGCGAAACUGCGACUUUUCUUGUUUGUUUUUUACUUCAAAUGUUCGUCACUGACUCUUUGCAAUAAAGUUGUUAUACAUCGUGACGAAAGUUUCGGAAGUAAGACAUUUCGGAUAUUACGGACUUCUGAAAAACCAGAUGGUUUUUUUUUCCGGAUUAUCAGGGUCCGUUGUAAUGAGAGUCGACUGUAUUAGACCCUUGCACAUUGUUCUUGCUAAAAAAUCGGUUACGCAUUAGAUUUCUACUUUCUUUAGGAGCUUUAACAUAAUUUCUACAUUAGUUUUCUACUUUGGACACACAGCAAUCAGGCAAACACUGUCAAAUGAAUCAGCAGUGAGUUUUGAAGUUUCUUUCUUCAUCUGGUUUAAUUUGACCUCCCGGAUAAUUUGAUCAGUUUCGUCAGUCCCGUAAGGGUCGAAUUAAUGAAAGUCAACUGUGUACAUGUUGACAACAACUUCAGGAGUGACAGAGCUCCAAAAGCUCUGACUGCUCUUUCUCUAUUUACGAAAACAAACCCACAUUUUUAAGCAAUUCGUUUCACAAGGAAUUACACUUCUCAACCACUCAGCACCUUAGAGUCGAGAGUCUCUACCAAUCACAAGUAGCUUGCAAGCAUGCAGCUGUAACAUGAACCAUUGGCUAGGCUAGGUUGGUUAGAUUAAGUAUUGGUUGGAACAAACCAGUGAAUGAGGUUUCUCUCUGCUACCCCUAUUGGCCAUCCCUAUACAGUUAUUUCCUUUGACCACUCCUUACAUUGUGGCUUUACAUUAAAGAAAACAAGCAAGGAAGAAGAACAAGGUACACGAAUACAAGCAAGUAAAAGCAUUUCCUUUCCGUUUUUGGAAGCAGCACUGAGUGUAAAGGUUUACUCAUUUUGUGGCUUUUCCCUUCCACUUCUGGGGAAGUGUGACACCGUCGCACGUAGAAGCUGUGUCUGUUCCGAGCAACCAAAAACACUGUAAAACGCUGCCGGACUACUUGGCAUGGUAACACGUGCAGCAUCCACGCACCCGUAGCCUUCCCUUCAUAGCCAGAGAAAGUUGUCCGUAAGUAUAGCCCGAUUUCAGAAAGUGGGUAACAGUGCCAUAGUCAUGCAAGGUCGGAACACCUUCGUGAUUAGACAGAGAACAAGGGAAUGAAAUGAUUUUUUUCCAACAUCAUAAGCAUGUCACACGAGCAAAUGACACCUAUUUUACACUUUCAUCAGAGCAGCACCUGAUGACAGUAGUGAUAGGUGCCUGCUGCUAUGCACCAUACUAUAACACCGUGGCUAGAUGCUUUGAAUAACCUGAAGAGUUGUGACACCCUAAAUAAUAGAAAGAAUUCAUUAGUGCAAGAUUUUUUGCAAAAGAAAGUUCAUAUAUAUGCAGGUCAUUAUGGUAUAAGUCUUUAGUUGACAUUACAUCAUUUUACGUUUACCAAAGUAAACCACUGCGAGACUGUCGUCAUUGUCAUUACAUCGUCUGAAGUAAAUUUAGUGUGUAAAAAGAAAACUCAUUUGUGCAAAUGAUGGCUACCUGCUAUUUGUAUUGGUAAUAAAAUAAUGUGUGUCAUAUUUUUUUUUUUAGUCCUGUCACUCAUUAUAUAUGUGAUGCUAACUAGUACAACAAACGCUGGUAUUCGAAUAAAUGCUGUCCAUUGUGUUCAAAGUAUGUAUGUUCUGAAAAAUGCCUACUCCUAUAUUAAGGGUUUGUAAAGACGAGGGCCCUCACAUACACUGUGCCCUACUGAUUAGCUGUCUAGUAUUGAAAUGGGGGAGGCGGCGGUAUGGACUGCCAAUUUGUACAAAUAAUCCGGAGCCUGAGCAAAAUAUAUGGUUUUCUAGGAAGGAAUUACUUUCCUAUUCAGUUUUGUUUGCAAGUGUACACAAAAAUUCAUUAUGUCCACACCUACAAUGGUUGACAAAUGGUUAGCCUGAAUUUUGGCCAGUGUCCCCCCCCCCCCCAUUACAGUCAAACUAUAUUAUAACAAUUGAAGUUGGUCAAAUAAUUCUGCUUUAAGUUCCCAUUGAAACCCAUGCAGUUAGAUUUAUUGUAAUAAAAUUAACUGCACAGGUCUAAUGCAAAAUUAUUUUGUGAAUGCAUACAACAAAUCUAUUUUUUUAGUUCAUAAAUUACCUUACACUAAUUAGACCGAAAUCUGAUGAUGUGGCACAUUGCUAGUUACUCACCUGAUGUGGCAGUUCAAAGCUCAACAUGCUGUUUGCUGAAUGAAUCACUCAGGUGCUCUGCUGUAUGGUUUAUUGCGCCGCAUUGCUUUUCUCUUGUGAUUGUACUGUGAUAUUGUACAAUAAAGGAUUUGCUUUUAUA